GGGGUAAUAGAGGGCGGUGUUCGAAUGUGGGACGAGCUGCGCGCCGCGCGGGAACGGGUAGUUUUCGGGAGCGUUGUUUUUCACGACGAUAUCAGCAUCCAUCGAUAACAGUUCCGUCGUUCCGACGGACGACAAAGCACCACGUACAUACACAUACCGAGUUUAAUUGUUAUUGUCACCUAAAAGUACGUACCUCCGGACGAACGACGACGUUCGAUUGGCGCUCGGAGGCAGUCGAUGUUUCUGAUUGAACUCGCGGUUCGAGGAAAUGAUGGAUCGCACUAGUUAAACAGUAAAAAUCGUGCGUACAUACCGUAGGUACAUAUACUUACGUUGCGUUUACGUCGGCGAAACGCAUCGACAAUAAAAACGGCGAAUCGUAAUAACGAGUAUCGGUAAUCGUUGCCGUAGUGGUCGUCGUCUAUGUAUUGAUAGCGGGAUCGGUGUUUCGUUCGAUUCUACGUAAAUUACAUACAUGUGUCUGUAUUACCGUGACCGUAAAAUCGUGACAAGUUCACGAAUUGGUCGAGCAUACUUCUAGGAGGAAUAGAAUACGAUUAUUAUGUACUACGAAGUGGAAUCCGUUCAAAAAUAUCCAACUGCGAAUAUGAAUAAGUCGGUAGAGGACUUGUUAAUAUCUAGCCGCGAAGUUAUGGCCAAUGUAAAUUCUACGGUUGCAUCGGAUAGUACAACUACGAACAGUGCGUCGGACAAUGUUCAAGAGUCGUCCACUGGAGGAACCGUAGAGAAAUGUAGUCCAGUUUCAAGCCCGAAUUUAUCUCCGCGUCCUAGUCCAAAAGUGCGCACCAAACGAGAUCAUUCCAAAUCUGCUAGUCACGAUUCGAAUAUUAAAGAGUGUAAUAGCGCAAACAAAUCGGACGAACAGCAGCAGCAGCAACAGCAGCAGCAGCAGCAGCAGCAGCAGCAGCAGCAGCAACAGCAACAGCAACAGCAACAGCAACAGGAUUUAGCGAAUAAAUCAUCGGAUUCUUCCCUGGCCGUGAAAAGUUUGCACGAAGGAAAAAAAGAAGCUCGCAGCAGCGAAAGAAAUAAGAAAAAAUCAUGGUAUCACGUACUUUACCCUACCUACAAGUCUAGAUCCGACGAUUUCAAACGUAUAUUUAAAGAUGUACCGGACGACGAAAGAUUAGUUGUUGAUUAUUCGUGCGCGUUGCAGCGCGAAAUAUUAGUUCACGGGAGAUUGUACGUAUCUCAAAAUUACGUGUGUUUUUACGCGAAUAUAUUCAGUUGGGAAACAUUGGUAUCUCUACGCUGGAAGGAUGUUACGUCGAUUACCAAAGAAAAAACUGCGCUGGUUAUUCCCAAUGCAAUCUUAAUAUGUACUGCCACCGAUAAGUUCUUUUUAACGUCGUUCGGAGCGAGGGACAAAACGUACGUAAUGCUAUUCCGCGUUUGGCAAAAUGCUCUCAUUGGCGAGCCGAUGAAUGCGCCCGAAAUGUGGCAACUCGUACAUUCUUGUUACGGCGACGAGCUGGGUUUGACAUCGGACGACGAGGAUUACGUUCCACCGUUACCACCACCGGACGAAGAGAAAUUGUCCACGAGAUUAUCCGUAGAAUCGUUCUCCGAGGUAGAAAGCGGUAACGCGGAACAAUCGUCGGUGGCUGGUAUAUCGGAUUCGGCGAUUACCAGAUGCGGCACGAAUCCGGAUCAGAUUCAUCUUCUGCCACGACCGGAUCCUACCAUCGACGCGACCGAUCUGAGCGAUACGACCGAGAGCGAAGCCGAGAAGCAUCAUGCGCUCAAGUCUAGCAUUCGGAGCUGCGUGGUGUGCGCUUCGCCGCACGAGGGUCGUCAAAUAAGCAAGGCUGUGUUCCCCGUUCAUAUUGAUCAAUUGUUCACGUUGCUGUUCACCAAUUCAAAAUUUUUCUUGGAUUUUCAGACCGCGCGAAAAACUACUGAUCUGGUACAGUCGGCGUGGACUCAAAACGAGGAGACCGGCCAGAAAGUUAGAAAUCUGUCGUUCACGAUAGCAUUGUCUCAGGCUAUUGGACCAAAGACUAGCCAUAUUUCCGAAACUCAGAUAAUGUUGCCGUGUAGCAGGCCGGGUCAUUUGUACAGCAUCGACGUGGAAAGCGUAAACGCCGGAAUCCCGUAUGCGGACUCGUUUUCCGUAUUGCUUCAUUACUGUAUCACCAGCGUAUCCGAAAGCGAAACGAGUAUGGCAAUUUACGCGCAAAUAAAGUACAAAAAGAAUGUGUGGGGCUUCGUGAAAGGCGUUAUCGAGAAAAAUUGUUGGGCCGGAAUAGACGAAUAUUUUACGAGCCUGACGAAAGCGUUGACCAUAGAAUGCGAAGAGAGCAACGGUAGCGGAGGUAUGAAGAGGAAAACUAGGAGGAGACGUCGUGCCACGGGUGUUGGCAUUUCUGGCUUGCAAACUCACACCUCGGAUCACGUGUCUCCCGCGCUACAGAACUCUUACAAUUUGCCCCACAUCAACGAUAAUACCGUCUCUGGCGCCCGGGUCGAUUCCAAUAUAAUAAUUAGCUCGAUGCUUUUGAUCGCCGUGUUGUGUCUGAUGGUGAUCAACGGUCUGUUGUAUUAUAAAUUAUGGGGCUUGGAAGAAGCUGCAGCCUACACUAUCAUGGAUUUACACGUACUCAAGAACACGCCAAAGACCGAGGAAGACUGGAUUCAAUUGUUACAGCAACAAGAAAGUUUGCAUAACAUAGAAAUGAGAAAGUGGCAGAGAGUGUUGCACACCGCCGCACAGUUGCUCAGACAGACGGAGGAAUCGUUAACAGAGUUGCAAAUGAGUAUUCAUCCAACGACGACUGAGAAAAUGUUCUCCGUGUUGAAACCAAUUUUAAAAAGCUUCGGCUCGCGUACAGCGGAACAGCAGAGUCACACGGAGAUGUAGAGAGAACGCUGCGGGGAACGCGGCCAAAAGCUGUCUGAGUUACUUGAUCGAUGAUAAGUGAGUAUAACGACACGAUACGUGUUCUAAAAAAAAGUGGAAACAAUUUUAGCGCACUCUAAAAGUGUACUUAACGACGAGGAGAGCAGCGUUACGCUAGUUAUUCUCAUUCUAUGUACUACUACCACAUGCACAUAACUUACACGGUUAAAAAUUAGAUACACAAAUAUGCUGUGAUGUGAUGUCGACGAUCACGAUCACGAUCGUCGAUAAAAUUCCAAAAAAAUGCGCAACAACACGCAUGCAAAACUAUCGUUUAUUGACCCGCGACGAGAAAUGAUUUAAAUUCGUUUCUUUUCCAUUGCCUUUAACGUUUGUUGUUUCGCGUAAACUUCUUUCGUAUUACGGAGCCCAGUCGAGAAUAAGUUAAGUUACAUUUUUCAUAUAUCCUUUGUACGAUAUCUCGUGUCGAGCACGCUCGGAAAGAUAGUAGAUAUAUGUGAACACGCAAGUUUACGUUUGUAUGUGGACGUUUGCGUACGCGUGAAUGCUAAUUGUACGUGUCUAUCAGUAGCACAAUGUAAAGAGACGGAAUAAAUAAUUUUUAGAGAA